GUCGAGACGAUUCGACUUAACGUUAAAAAAAUGGUUAAUCUUGCAUUGAAGGGUUUUCUGGAGAAAAACCUUCAGAAAACAUGGAAAAACUCGGUAUUAUUAAAUUCUAAGAUUGCAGAGCGAGCAGUUAGUGCGUUAAAGUUAAACAUAUAUAAUGAAGCAACAGUGCUUGAAAUGGGCCCAGGACCGGGAAUAAUGACGGAAGCCCUUUUGAAAAGAAUUAAUCCUAAACUUUAUAUUUUAAUGGAACCAGAUAAGAGAUUUCACCCGUUUCUUAAGGCGAUUUCAGAGAAGACGUCGUCUAAAGUUGUUUUAACGGAGUUGAAUGGUUUUUUAUGGUCAUCAUAUUCCCAGUUGGAGACGCAGGGGUUACUUAAACCAGGAUAUCAACCGAUGGAUCAUAUUCAUACGUCUCUUUUAUUUUUGGCACAUCUUCCGCAUGGAGUUUUAGGGGAACAGCUACUUGCGCAAUUUUUGAUUGCUCGAUAUGAAAGACUUUGGAUUCAUCAAUAUGGACGAGUACGUAUGUUAUUUUGGGUUACGACGUCAUUAGCAAGAAGGUUAAUGGCAAUGCCGGGGAAGCAGGGAAGAUGUAAAUUAGGAAUUGUUAGAGAAUCAGUUGCAGAAUGUAAAACUAUUAUUGGAAAUAAAGAAUUUCCAGGUGUAUGUUCUGAAUUAGAGGCAACACCGAAAGAUUUUAUCAGAGAGAAAGAUUUAAUAUUAAUAGAAAUAGUCCCGUUAUCAGAAAUUCCAAUUAAAGCACCACUGGAUUCGUUUGAUUAUGUUGUCAGACAUCUUUUUGUUUUAAGAAAAACCCCUCUUACAAAAGCAAUCAGUACUCUCGGACCAGGCGCAGAAGUAUUGACAAAAAAAUUACCUUCAUAUUUACUUGAAAAAAAAGUAGAUGAAAUAACUCGUGAAGAAUUUGAUGAAAUUGGACAAGUUUUUGAUAAAUGGUCAUUUAGACCCAAAAUAUUAUUCGAUCAAUGGGUAAAUGAUAAAGAAGAAUGUUCGAAUACAAUAGGAGGCGCAUAAAUCUCGUUAAUAAUAUUACAAAAACAAAUCGUAUAUGAUAAUUCAAAUGAUAAA